UAAUAAUUGUAGGACAGCACUAGAGAGCUAGAUAUAGACAGAGCACAGCUUGAUGAUUACGUUGUGAAUGUGAUUGAUUGAAAACUAUGGAAAAUCAUUGCAAGUACUAAGAUAGAGCUGCAUUGCUACUAAAGUUAAAGACACCGCAGAUAUAGUAUAAAGCCACAAAGCUUACCAAGUCUUCAAGCCAGAAGAAUUAACACACAUCAAGAUGGGGGACACAUUGGAGUCGAUCCCAGUCAUUGACUUCAGUGUUUACAGUCUCUCAGAGGGAAAACCUGAUCUUAAAAGUACCGCCUUCCAAACCCUUGUGGACAACAUCAACAAAGCUUUGAGGACCAUAGGCUUCUUCUAUGUUGUCAACACAGGUUUUCCACAAGAAAAGGUCCAGCAGAUGUGGAGCGUAUCAAAGGAGUUCUUUCAUCUUCCAGCCAGUGUCAAAGACAAAUACCCCAGGAAUCCCAAGGAAAAUCAUGGAUAUGUGCGAAUGGAACGAGAAAAUCUUAAUCCAGACCGACCCCACGGUGACCUUAAGGAAUUGUUCAACUACCAUCCAAUGACUGCUAAUGAGAAUAAUUGGCCCAAAGACUCGGAGUGUCCCAGCUUCAAGCAGGUCUUAACAGACUUCUGGGAUCCUUGCCUGGUUCUGCAUGAGCGAAUCCUAGAGGUCAUGGGUCAUGCUCUCCAGCUUCAGGAUCCGUUGUUAUUUGCAAAGCACCACUCUAAAGCUUUCGAGAAUAGUGGCACAACGCUUCGCACCCUGUACUAUCCCGCCCUUGUUGAUGUUAGUCCCAAGGAGCAACAGGUUCGCUGCGGGGAACACUCGGAUUAUGGAGGGAUCACACUACUAUUCCAGGAACGGCCGGGACUGGAGGUGCGGAGCCGAGGAGGCAGCUAUAUCAAAGCACAGUUAGUGGAGAAUGGAAUUCUAGUGAAUAUCGGAGAUCUGAUGCAGAGGUGGACGGCUGACCAAUACCUAGCUGUGAAGCACCGUGUUCUCUUGGAAGACGCCCCCGGGGAUUGUGUCAAGCCUCGACAGUCCAUCGCUUUCUUUGGACAUCCCAACUACGACUCGCUCAUUGAAUGCAUCGACGGAAGCAACAAAUAUCCACCAAUCAACAGCCUUGAUUACAUCAACAUGAGGUUUGGUUUGACAUACUGAUGUAUAAAUACACCAAUCAAAAUGCAUGAUAUAUAAACAGGAGGUAUGGUUUAACAUAUUGAUUUCAAGCACCAAUCAGAAGUGGCCAUACAUGAACAUGAGGUAUGGUUUAACAUAUUGGUUUCAAGCACCAAUCAGAAGUGGCCAUACAUGAACAUGAGGUAUGGUUUAACAUAUUGAUUUCAAGCACCAAUCAGAAGUGCCCAUACAUGAACAUGAGGUAUGGUUUAACAUAUUGAUUUCAAGCACCAAUCAGAAGUGGCCAUACACGAACAUGAGGUAUGGUUUAACAUAAUUGAUUUCAAGCACCAAUCAGAAGUGCCCAUACAUGAACAUGAGGUAUGGUUUAACAUAACUGAUUUCAAGCACCAAACAGACGGGACCAUCUUUUGAAGAUACAUAAACAUUAGGUAUUGUUACAUACUGAUUUCAAGCACCAAUCAGAUGGGACCAUCUUUAAAGAUAUAAAUUCAGGAACUUUUUUUUCUCUUUUUUUCAGACAGGCCUGUCUUUAAAGAUAUAAAAACAUGAGGUAUGGUUUAACAUAUUGGUUUCAAGCACCAAUCAGACGUGCCCAUUUUUAAAAUACAUUUGUGUAUUAUUUUGGUGUAUAACACCAACUACAAUGAAGAAUCUAAAUGCAUAAAAUGCAUACGGUUUGAAGAAACAUGUACAAAUCUGAUUCUACUUUUUUUCAGAAAGCCCUGGGUUCAGUCACAUCACAUUGUGUAAAAAAAAAGAAUCUGGGCCAAAGUUCUUAAAGCCUUUAAUGGCAGUGGACAAUAUUGGUAAUUGUCAAAGACUAGCCUUCACACUUGGUGUAUCUCAACAUACGCAUAA